AUCAAAAACAAAAAAGUAUAGAUAUAGUUCAACACACAAAUAUAGCACAGAGAUGAAGAAUACUACACAGAUUCUACAAUGGCUACUGGUGGUUGUGUUUCUGGUGGUGGUGGCGAAUACUACAAGUAGAAGAAUUGAAGCCAAAACACUGGUAACUAUGGCGAACCUAUUGGGUCCUGAUUUGGUGAUGAAUGUUCAUUGCAAAUCCAAAGACGAUGACUUGGGGCCUCAUAGUGUCCCCUACAAAGUUGCCAAUUACAGUUUCAGGUUUGAGCCAAACCUUUGGGAGACAACGCAGUUCUGGUGCAGAUUCCUAUGGACAGGCGGUGAUCACUAUUUUGAUAUUUAUAUCGACACGAGGGAUGCACUAAAAUGCAACGAAAUUUGUACAUGGAAAAUUUAUACCGAUGGUCCUUGUAUGUACGACCGCUACAAAGAGGAGUACAGUCUUUGCCAUGACUGGAACCCACCCAAGUGAUUAAAAAUCCUUUUUGUGAUUUUAUCUAAUUAAUGGGUUUUUACCAUGACAAUUAGUAAAAUUAAUUAUUAAUAAUAUCAUCUUUU